CGAAGGGAAGGGAAGGGGGAGCGAAAGGACACCAAAGAAGAUCUAUCGAGGUUUUGUUGCUACUAUCCAGCAGAGUCCAGCCAAGGUGUCGCGUUCCACGAAGGCUUGUAGAAGGCGAAUUGCUCUCUCGCUCCAGGCCCGUGACCAGGAUGAAUCUCACAUUGUACCCUUGUCAAUGGCGCGUUAUUCGAUCUGCCCCGCCUUUCUCUGCUUGCACCAUCGGACUAGACUGGGAGCUCAGAGAAGAUGGCUUUGAAAUUGAACAUCUGCAAAUGGAUCCCGCCGAUUUAGCAGAGUUUUCAAUUGUCGAAAUUUUCAUUGAUUAUCAUCCUAGGUCAAUGUACUGGGUAGACGAAGACAAGGUACUCAAGCUGUUUUCCUACUUGGUAGACGUCUCCGUCAUAGUCGCGAGCAUGGACCUAGCACGCACCAGGCUUCCGGUUCCCCGUGUGUUACGCUAUGGACGAUCGGGCAACUGCUCGUAUAUCUUGAUGGAGAGAAUACCGCAUAACAAUCUUGCACUGGACAUGUUUCAACUGGGAAUCAAAUCUAUGCCAUGGCAAUUGACGCGAACGAUCGACUACAUAGUUCGUGAACUAGCCUACCUAGGCCUGACUCACAAUGACCUGGUGCCAAGAAACGUCCUCGUUGAUAACAAUGGAAACAUAUCCUCAAUCAUUGACUGGGAUCCUUGCACGCCCCGUCACACAGGUGGCGAAUAUGCCAGAAAGAUCCGAAACAUUAGAAAUAAUGCGAUGGAUGUCGGAGAGGAGGCCUGGUAUCAUAUCUUUCUGCGAUAUGCAUACGACCGUACUGGGGAGGAAAUUUCGUUUCGACUCCUAUAAUAGAUCCUCGCAACCAGUCGUUCUCGCGGCAGAAGAUUUUCCCCAUUACCUGGGGACGAGUGGACGCGGUAAUCAACUCUAUACAUGAUGCAGCCUCCGAAAGCCCCAGUGGCGUAAACUGUGGCGUUGAUUGUGGCGUUAAGAAGUGUUGAGAGAGGCCAGAUAUAGCAGAUAAUUCGUUGUUGACCGAAGCAGAUUCAAGCG